AUGACUACGGUUUCGUCUACUAUUGUAGGUGCAUUAGCCUGUCAAAGAAACUCCUUUCUCAAAACUUUCAAGACCCAGGUGGUUUCCAGUUUUGAAUAUCAGAAUAAGAACAAAAAGGUAAAGGACGAAGCUCCCAAGGAAAUUAAGUAUGCCGUAGAACUAGAAGAUACAAUUUUGUUCCCUGAAGGUGGCGGUCAGCCUUAUGAUAAGGGUUCAUUGACUUUACCCAACAACGAAGUCGUUCAUGUAACUAGUGUAUUAAGAGACAAGUUAACGGCUUUGCAUAUCACGGAUGCUCCCGUAGAACCAGGCACCGAGGUCACUGUGGAUUUGGACUGGGAUAGAAGAAUUGACUUGAUGCAACAACACACGGGUCAACAUUUGUUAUCGGCUGUUUUUGACACCUACAAGUUGGAGACGUUGAGUUGGUCGAUGGGAGAAAUCAUUAACUACAUCGAAUUGCCCGAAAAGGUCAGUGAUGAAAUCGUAGCUGAGGUUAAUGCCAAGGUGAACAAGCUUAUAUUUGAAGCUAUUCCCAUUGAGGUAGUAACUCCCGAUCAACAUGGUGGAGAACUCGACUACUCUCACAUUCCUGAUGACUACGACUUGUCUCAAGGAAUCAUUAGAAUCGUCAAGAUUGGGCAGUUGGACGCUAAUCCAUGUUGCGGCACCCAUUUGUCGUCAACAUCGCAGAUUCAGUCUAUGUCGCUUUUGCACCAGGUUAGUGUCAGAGGUGGCCAUUCUAGAUUGUACUUCAUCUGUGGAACGCGGGUGUACAAGUACUUAAGCAAGCAACAUGAGCUCUUGAAGCUUGUCUCAGGCACUCAUUUGUCGUGCCAGAUCGAAGAAGUUGCCGACAAGGUUGCUCUUUUGAACUCCAACUACAGGAAGGCCCUUUCUCGUGAACAGAACUUGCUCAAAGAACUUGCGGCCGACGAAGCUAGCCGGAUCUUCACCAGAUUCAAAAACACAGAUGCUAAAGUCGAUUACGUCUACAGAGCCGAGAACAGCCCGGAAUUCCUCAUAUUGGUACAGAAAGAAUUGACCACUUUAAUUAACAGUGAUAAAGAAUCAGGUACUGUAGUGUUGUUCAAUGGAGACUAUCCUUCGGGUACUGGAGGUAUGGUAAAGAUUCUUGGUCCACAAGCCGAGGUCCUUCAAUCGGAGCUCAAGAGCAAGAUCAAAAACUUGAAAGGUGGAGGAAAGGGAAAUUCAUUCCAAGGGAAGAUAGCCAAGUAUGAAAAGGGAGAAUUGGAAACGCUAUUCACGUACUUGGACACCUUCCGAAACUAA